UUUCCCGCUCGCUCGCUACUGCUGCACAGCUGGCUCGGCGAUUCGGUUCCCUGAAAAGUGCGAACGCCGCUUACGGCCAAUGCUACAAGGAUUGUGCUGACCGUCACACAACAAUGGCCGCUACCAGCGACGGGCAGACGCGGCGGUUGUCGGUUGCUUGGCGUCUGUACCUGUACGCCCUGCAUGGCUACCUCAUCGAGGUCACCUUCACUGCAGUCUGGGACCUGGUGGUGUCCGGAAGCCUCGAGUUGCGUGGUUUCAGCAGUGUCUGGAGCCUCGGCAUCUACUCCAUCUCCUGCAUGGCCAUGGAGAAGAUCAACGGAUUGCUGCAAAGGCGGGGCCUUGCGGCCAGAGCGUUGGCUCACACUUGCUGGAUCUACGUGUGGGAAUUCACCACGGGCUCCUUUCUCAAGGCUUUGGGAUCGUGUCCCUGGGACUACCGGCACUUCCGGUACAAUUUUUGUGGUUUGGUGACGCUAGAAUACGCGCCACUUUGGUUCCUGUGUGGCUUGCUCUUCGAACUACUACUUGUGCCCAACGUCCAGAGGCUGGUGUGGGCGUGCGAACAGUCCGCGGUGGAUGUCGCGCCUGUACGCUCCCCGAGGAACGGAUACAUCACGUGGAAGAAAGAAUAGUCAUUCGAUCUGUACCUAUAGUCUGAUGCGAUGCCAGCUGUUAUUGCAGUGACCAACCAUACCAAUGCUGGUGCAGUGUUGAAAGUGAUGUAAUUGUAUUUCCGACACGUUCAUAUAGAAAACCACAUCUAUUAUGUCGCGGUUUGACAAAGCCUAGGCUCCAACGUUUCUACACAUGCGUCUUAGUUCUAUAUUUCUUGAAAGUGACAUAUUUGCAGACAAGCUAAUACAUUAUUAAGCUUUAACACGUUCUAAUGAACUGGCCUACAGGCGUCUACGCAACCGAGAGGGGUGAUCACAGCAAACGUCGUGACUUAGGACAUCGGGUGAGGAGCGCCUGAUGCGCUCAGUUUGUCGGCGUAUGCUCUCGUCGUAGCCCGUCACGGUGUCUCCUGUCCUUACCCAUUCAGGUAUCGCAAGUACGGCACGUGCCCCUCCUCCUCGGUAAUGCUUGCGAGAGACACCUGUGCAUCUCGGAGUAUAGCAAAUAAGACUGUGCGUUGGCUCAGAAAAAGAUAAGCUUUAAUAAAAAAUAAAGGAGUUUGGAGCCCGCAACUCCGGGGCCCGUUGUGCUCAAACGUUCGUUUCAAUGUGGUCCACGACACUGGCAGCUCCGUCGGCUAACAUAGUCUGCUCAACACCUCAACGCAGCGGGUUGUUUCGACUCUUCCAGGUCUUUAGGCGGCCCCCAGGGAGGAUCUGCCCUCUCCUCUCAUUUUAUCACACAUCCUUCUCCUACUCACGUCGACUGCACUCUUCCCCUAAGUAAAAACAUCGCGAAGUAAACACGAACGAGAAUUCACCCGGGAACAGUGCCGGUCCUUUGUAAAUUGUUGUCCGUGUUUACUUCGCGUCGUUUUUUUUUUUUAGGAUACCAGUCAAACGGCUCGUACUAACUGUCUCUUGAUUUGCCCUGAACCUUGUGCUUCUGCUAUCCACGUCGUUUAUCGCUGCCCGAAAGAUCAUUGGCUCAAUAAUAAAAGCUAUUUCUGCUAUG